GGCCAGUUUUUCCUCCGCCACUAAUUAAAUUUACUCUUCCAAUAUGACAUCAUACUCAACUUCCCUCCAACACUUCCGCGUUCCUCAGAGGCUAAGGCUCCGCUGUCGGCGGCGGCCGUCAAGAGACGCCGUCGGCGAGCUGGCGGCGAAUUCGACGUCGCAGGAGGCGGAGGCAGGGAGGCUGGAGGCGAGAGUGGAGGAGAGGGAAGGAGGUUACUGGGUGCUGAAGGAGAAGUUUCGGGCGGGGAUAAAUCUGCAAGAGAAAGUGAAGCUGGAGAAGGAUCCAAUGAGCCUUGUUUACGAGGACGACGGAAUUCGGAAGUUGGCAGCGACGCCACUGGAGGAGAUUGAGGCGUCCAAGUCCGGUAAGGAUGACAUCGACGUCCGUCUCAAGUGGCUUGGCCUCUUCCAUCGUCGGAAGCAUCAAUAUGGACGGUUUAUGAUGCGGUUGAAGCUACCAAACGGUGUAACGACAAGCGAGCAGACACGGUACUUGGCUAGCGUAAUACAGUCCUACGGGGAGGAUGGCUGCGCCGACAUCACCACCCGCCAAAACUGGCAGAUCCGAGGUGUUCAGCUCGCCGACGUCCCCUCUAUCCUCGACGGCCUCACUGCUGUCGGCCUUACAAGCCUCCAGAGCGGAAUGGACAAUGUCCGCAACCCCGUCGGGAAUCCCCUCGCCGGCAUCGACCCGCUCGAGAUUGUCGACACUCGCCCCUACGCUUCCCUUCUCUCCUCCUUCGUCACCGCUAAUUCUAAGGGCAAUCUUUCCCUCACCAAUCUGCCAAGGAAAUGGAAUGUCUGUGUGGUGGGAUCUCACGAUCUCUACGAGCAUCCUCACAUUAAUGACCUCGCGUACAUUCCAGCGGAGAAUUACGGACGCUUCGGCUUCAAUCUUCUCGUUGGCGGCUUCUUCAGCCCCAAACGCUGCGCUGAGGCUGUGCCGCUCGACGCCUGGAUCCCCGCCGACGAUGUGAUUCCCCUCUGCAAGGCCGUGCUCGAAGCCUAUCGCGAUCUCGGAUCCCGCGGUAACCGGCAGAAGACCCGAAUGAUGUGGCUCAUUAACGAACUCGGAAUAGAGGCGUUUCGCACGGAGGUCGAGAAGAGAAUGCCAACGGGGAGUUUGGAGAGAGCGUCGCCGGGGGAUCUGGUGAUGAAGCAAUGGGAACGAAGGGAUUACCUCGGAGUGCACCCGCAGAAGCAGUUGGGGUUCUCGUUCGUCGGCCUCCACGUGCCUGUAGGCCGCGUCCAGGCGGUGGACAUGUUCGAGCUGGCAAGAAUCGCGGAUGCGUACGGCUCCGGCGAGCUCCGGCUUACCGUAGAGCAAAACAUCCUCAUCCCCAACGUUGAAAAUUCGAGGUUGAGCGCGCUGCUCGAGGAACCGCUGCUUAAGAAGCGGUUCUCACCGGGGCCGUCAAUUCUGAUGAAGGGGCUAGUGGCGUGCACCGGGAGUCAAUUCUGCGGGCAGGCGAUCAUUGAGACUAAGGCGAGGGCGCUGCGGAUGACGGAGGAGGUAGAAAAGCUGGUGGCGGUUGCGCAGCCGGUGAGGAUGCACUGGACUGGCUGCCCUAACAGCUGCGGCCAGGUUCAGGUGGCCGACAUAGGUUUUAUGGGCUGCUUAACGCGCAAUGCCGAUGGGAAGGUUUGUGAAGGGGUGGAUGUUUAUUUAGGAGGCAGAAUCGGUAGCGAUUCGCAUCUCGGGGAGCUCUACAAGAAGGGGGUUCCCUGCGACGAACUUGUGCCCGUUGUAGUGGAGAUUCUGGUGGAGAAAUUCGGGGCCGUGCCUAAGGUCAGGGAAGAAGACCAUGAAGCUAUUCCAUGCGAUGCAAAAUACCUGUACAAAAUAUAGCCCAUUAAGUGAAUGGACCGAAGGCCCAUAUUGCAAGGCUGUCAGCCAAUUUGAUUUCAGGUCCUGGUAAGAUUAACAAUCGUUCAAUUUUUAAUCAGUUUUGCUUGGUGUUAUAUUCUAGAAAAUUUGCAGCUAAAGUGAGAGUAUUUAAAUAGAAUUCUUCUUAUUAAGGUAAUUAAUUUUAUUAUAAACGUGUAAGAUUCGAAAUCUUUUAGUCUUUUAA